GGGUCAAUCAUCUUAAACAGUAUCAUCAUAUAUACUAAUUAAUUCCUACCAGACUUGGCCUUUUCUUUCCCAAGUCUUUUUCUUUUAUUUUUUUUUUAAUGAUUAGCAGCUAGCCCUCUUGCAGUUAGGUUACGUGAUGAUAUAUAUAAAUUUUGCUGAAUUAAUCAACAUUCAGAUGCAUAAAUAAUUACAUACACAUAUAUAUAUACCUCAGUGUGUGUGUGUCUGCCACAACAUAAGUUAAUUAUACAAAAGGCAAAACAGGGGAUUGUUUGUGUUUGAGUAAUUGUUAGAGAGAGAGAAGAGAGAGAAUGGAGAAUUGGAAGGAUUUGAUACACCUUUUUGUGAUGGUAUUUCUAUCCUACUUUGCGUCGGUGUUGGUUAAUCCGACGAUCGCUGACGUCACUAUGGAGGCGGUCUGCCCCGGGCAGGAUGAAUGCUCCCUCGCCAUUUAUCUCACUGGCUUCCAACAGGCGAUUGCUGGAAUAGGGUCUGUGUUUGUGAUGCCAUUGAUCGGAAAUCUUUCGGAUUCCUAUGGUCGAAAAGUUUUGCUCACAAUUCCCUUGAUCGUCGCCAUAUUUCCACCUGCAAUAUUGGCAGUGAGGAGGACAACAGAGUUCUUUUACGUAUACUACGUAAUGAAGAUUUUAACUGCUGUGGUUACCGAAGGUGGUGUCAUAUGCCUCUCCCUUGGUUAUUUGGCUGACAAUGUAUCGGAGGGAAAGCGUGUUUCUGCAUUUGGACUCUUGUCCGGUGUGGUAGCUGCAGCAACUGUUUGCGGUACAUUAACUGCUCGUUUACUUCCCACUAAUCAAAUAUUUAAGGUGGCAGCGGUAAUAGCUGCUUUAGCAGCAGUUUACAUGAAGAUAUUUCUCAAGGAAAGAAAUCGAAAAGUGGAUACUCUGAACGAGCCAAUCUUGAAAUCAAUUGGUGAAGAUGAGAAUGACGAACAUCCAUUAAAACCCAAACACCCCGUCAACAAAAUCCCAUCGGCACAUGAUAUAAUUCGCUUGUUCAAGACCAGCCCCACCGUAUCACUAGCAUCGGUUGUUGCAUUCUUCAAUAGCAUUGCUGAGGCUGGAGUUCAAAGCUUCUUAAUGUAUUACUUGAAGGCGCGGUUCCACUUCCAGAAAGAUCAAUUUGCUGACAUAUGGCUUAUUACCAAUAUUGCAUUCACCAUAUCAAGUAUGGUCGUAAUGCCUUUACUGGCUCCACUUCUAGGAGAGGAAUGUCGGCGCAGGAUGCUGGCCAUGUUAUUAGACAGUAUAGCAUGGGCAGGUUGGGUACCUUAUGCCUCUGCUCUGUUCGGGGUCUUCCUUUUCGUAGCAAGUCCUAGUAUAAGAUGCAUUAUUUCGAAGCAAGUAGGGCCGUCUGAACAGGGGAUCGCUCAAGGAUGUCUUAUGGGAAUAGCUUCGUUUGCGAAUAUUAUAUCUCCGUUAAUAUAUAGUCCUCUUUCUGCAUGGUUUCUUUCCGACACGUCGCCGUUUAAUUUCCCGGGUUUCAGUAUUUUGUGCGUUGGCCUCGCAUGGUUUGUUGGUUUUAUUCUGAGUGUUGUGAUAAAGAUUCAACCGCUUUGGUCAAGAGAGAGAGCCCGGAAUCAGAGGUUUAACAGCAAGAAGAAGAGAGCAACCUUGUCUUAG